ACCUUGUGACUCCCAUGUAUAAACGUAUGCAGGGCUAAUCAUUUUAUACAUCCUCCUUAAGAAAGUAAACCACCAAGGCCAUGGCUUCCCAAAUCUUGCUCUUAUCCAUACCUUUGUUGUUUUUUUCCUUACUUGCUUAUGCUUCCUUCUUUACUUCUUUUGCUUACUCGGCUGUCAGAGCUGAAGUAGCAAAUGGAAGGAAGGAAGCGGAAGCUCUUCUAGAAUGGAAAGUCAGUCUUGACAACCGAAGCCAGACUCUCCUGUCUUCAUGGGCUGGAGACAGCCCUUGCAACUGGGUCGGAAUCAGUUGCGACAAGUCUGGUAGUGUUACCAACAUAAGCCUGCCUAAUUCUAGUUUGAGAGGUACCCUAAAUAGUCUCAGAUUCCCUUCCUUUCCUAACUUGAUUAAUCUUAUCCUUCACAACAACUCGCUCUAUGGGUCCAUUCCUUCACAUAUAGGUAACCUUAUCAGACUUGACUUGUCUUUAAAUACCAUUUCUGGCAACAUACCACCAGAGGUUGGAAAAUUGGUAUCUCUUUAUUUGCUUGAUUUGUCAAAUAACAACCUUAGUGGUGGUCUUCCUACGUCCAUAGGAAACUUAAGCAACUUGUCUUUUCUUUACCUUUACGGCAACGAACUCUCUGGUUUCAUACCUAGGGAAGUAGGAAUGCUUGAACAUCUAUCUGCCCUACAGUUGCUCCAUAACAAUUUUGAAGGUCCAAUCCCUGCUUCCAUAGGGAACAUGAAAUCUCUCACAAGUUUACUUUUGUCAUUUAAUUAUCUAACUGGUACAAUACCAGCAUCUUUAGAAAACUUAGGAAACCUGACUACUUUAGAUUUGUCAUCUAAUCAUCUAACCGGUACAAUACCAGCAUCUCUAGGAAACUUAGAAAACCUAACUGUUUUAUAUUUAUCAUCUAAUAAUCUAACCGGUACAAUACCAUCAUCUCUAGGAAACUUAGAAAACCUAACUGGUUUAUAUUUAUCAUCUAAUAAUCUAACCGGUACAAUACCAGCAUCUCUAGGAAACUUAGAAAACCUGACUGCUUUAUAUUUGUCAUCUAAUAAUCUAACCGGUACAAUACCAGCAUCUCUAGGCAAUUUAAGAAGCUUAUCUAGACUUGACCUUGGGAAUAACAAUUUUUUUGGUCCCAUUCCUCCAGAAAUGAACAACCUUACACAUUUGUAUUUGUUACAAAUAGAUUCUAAUAGAUUGUCUGGUAAUCUACCACGAGAUGUGUGCCUUGGUGGAUUACUUUCAUAUUUUGCUGCGUUUGAAAAUUAUUUCACGGGACCUAUACCAAAAAGCUUGAGAAAUUGCAGCAGCUUGUUGAGACUCAGACUUGAGAGAAACCAACUUGGUGGAAACAUAUCUGAAGCUUUGGGCACACAUCCUCAUUUGAACUACAUGGAUUUGAGUGAUAAUGAAUUGUAUGGUGAACUUUCAUUGAAAUGGGAGCAGUUUAACAAUCUGACAACCUUCAAGAUUUCUGGAAACAAGAUUUCUGGAGAAAUACCAGCUGCUCUUGGAAAGGCAACUCAUCUACAAGCUCUUGACCUCUCAUCAAAUCAACUAGUUGGGAGAAUUCCAAACGAAUUGGGAAAUUUAAAGUUGAUUAAACUUGAACUCAACGAUAACAAACUUUCAGGUGAUAUUCCAUUCGAUGUCGCGUCGCUUUCUGAUCUCGAAAGGCUUGACCUGGCCGCGAACAAUUUUACUGCAACAAUUCUUAAACAGCUUGGCAAGUGCUCAAAACUGAUAUUCUUGAAUAUCAGCAAGAAUAGAUUCGCGGGGAGUAUUCCCGCUGAGAUUGGGUCUUUACAGUCUCUUGAAAGUCUUGAUCUCAGUUGGAAUUCCCUGAUGGGAGGUAUAGCACCGGAGCUUGGACAGCUGCAGCGGCUAGAGUUUCUGAACCUCUCCUAUAAUAUGCUGUCUGGUCUCAUUCCAACCAGUUUUAGUAGACUGCCAGGCCUCACUAAAGUGGAUGUAUCCUAUAACAAGUUAGAGGGUCCCAUUCCAGACAUCAAAGCCUUUCGCGAGGCACCAUUUGAAGCAAUUCGCAACAACACCAACCUGUGUGGCAAUGCUACUGGUUUGGAGGCUUGUUCUGCUCUCAUGAAAAACAAAACUGAGCGCAAGAAGGGCCCCGAAGUUGUCUUUUUGACGGUCUUUUCUCUGCUGGGUAGUUUGUUGGGCCUGAUUGUAGGUUUUCUUAUCUUUUUCCAAAGCAGAAGAAAGAAAAGGUUAGUGGAAACACCACAAAGAGAUGUUUCCGUGAGAUGGUGCCCUGGUGGGGAUCUGCGCUACGAGGACAUCAUUGAGGCUACUGAGGAAUUCGACUCCAAAUAUUGCAUUGGUACUGGAGGGUAUGGAGUUGUUUACAAAGCUGUACUUCCAUCAGAACAAGUCCUUGCCGUGAAGACAUUCCACCAAACACCAGAAGUUGAGAUGAGCAACUUUAAAGCUUUUAGAAGCGAGAUUGAUGUCUUAAUGGGUAUACGGCAUCGAAACAUUGUGAAGCUGUAUGGUUUCUGCUCGCAUGCCAAACAUUCAUUUUUGGUAUAUGAAUUUGUGGAAAGGGGAAGUUUAAGAAAGGUACUGAACGACGAGGAACAAGCAGCAAAGAUGGAUUGGGAUAAAAGGAUGAAUCUUAUCGAAGGCGUAGCCAAUGCUUUAUCUUACAUGCACCAUGACUGCUCCCCUCCGAUUAUUCAUAGAGACAUUUCCAGCAACAAUGUUCUUCUGGAUUCAGAAUAUGAGGCUCAUGUCUCUGACUUCGGCACAGCCAGGCUCUUAAUGCCUGACGCGUCCAAUUGGACAUCAUUUGCUGGCACCUUUGGGUACACAGCUCCAGAGUUGGCAUACACAAUGAAAGUGGAUGAAAAAUGUGAUGUGUAUAGCUUUGGAGUAUUAACAUUGGAAGUAAUGAUGGGAAAGCAUCCUGGCGAUUUCAUCUCAUCUCUGAUGUUAUCUGCCUCCACCUCCUCAUCAUCACCAAUUGGUCACAAUACAGUCUUGAAGGAUGUCUUAGACCAGCGCCUCCCACCUCCUGAAAACGAGCUUGCGGACGGUGUGGCACAUGUUGCAAAACUGGCGUUUGCUUGCUUGCAGACCGAUCCUCACUAUCGGCCAACAAUGCGACAGGUUUCUACAGAGCUUACAACUCGAUGGCCUCCAUUGCCAAAGCUAUUCUCCACGAUGGAAUUGGAAGAUAUAAUGGUUCACAGAAAUGUUAUUGGCUGAAUUUUUACAGUAUACUUGGGCGUUUGUGAAAAGCAACUUGUUUGGCAAAAUGUAAUAUUCAAUAAUCAAGUCUAUGUUAGAUAUUCCGUCCAAAGCAUCAUUUUAGAUGAACUUGGUGAAUGUCAUGAAUCAUGUAAUUUAUUGCCUUCAUUUGUAUCAAUUGCCUUCCUACUACA